AUGUUUCGACGGUUAUUUUCAAGAUUUCUUAAAUUUUUUCGGCUGGGUCCGGACCGAUCUCAACAAACUCGGCCAAGCGCACCCGUUGAUCAACUAGUCACUUCUCCGUACGAUCUACACCAACCUCAACAAACUCAGCCAAGCGUACCCGUUGAUGAACCAGUCACUUCUCCAUACAGUCCAUGUCAACAUGACAUAAUUCUGCCGAACAUACCCGAUCAACCAGUAACCCCUCCAUCCAGUCCACAUCAAUCUCAACAAACUCAGCCAAGCGUACCCGUCGAUCAACCAGUUGCUUCUCCAUCCAGUCCACACCAAUCUCUACAAACUCAGCCAAGCGUACCCGUUGAUCAACCAGUCACUUCUCCAUCCAGUCCACACCAAUCUCAACAAACUCAGCCAAGCGUACCUGUUGAUCAACCAGUCACUUCUCCAUCCGAUCCACACCGAUCUCAUAAAACUCAGCCAAGCGUACCCGUUGAUCAACCAGUCAUUUCUCCAUCCAGUCAAAACCGAUCUCAACAAACUCAGCCAAGUGAACCCCAAGUCUUCAGUGAGAACGUUUUCCUAGACUUGACAACAAGAAUUGGAGACAAAUGGACAGAGUUGGCAAUCCGUCUUGGGUUCAGGGAUGCAGAAAUUGAACACCUCCAAGCUGACCACCCUCAUUCGCAACAGCGCCGGGCGUUUAAGAUGCUGAAAACAUGGUGGCAGCGGUGGGAUCAUCUGCAUGAUGAUGGGGGCAUCGGUGCCGUGAAUGCUCUUUGCGAUGCCCUCAGAGAGAUUGGAAGGAAUGAUCUGCUUCUGUUUGUAAAAGGUUAUGUGGAAGGUGCGGGACAUUUCGACCCCGACCCGUACCGCGCUGAGUUCAUCAGAUACUACCAAGACGAGAUGAGUGUGGUUCCUUUGCUCCCGUGGCUCCCCUCUGAGGUCCGUAUGGUUAAUGAUAUCUACGUGAAACUGAAGCUGCAAGAGAGAGAGAAUAAAGCUAGGAAGGUGAAACAACAGACAAUUGACUCCCACAAGAUGUUUCAACUGAAGUAUAAAGACGGCAAGCCGGUCAGGUUUAUCUUGCUGUCUGGCAUUGCUGGUAGCGGAAAGACUACCAUCGUGUCAAAGAUAGCAACUGAUUGGGCACUACAGACGCUGAGAUCUACAUCUUCACUCUCUAAUUUCGCUUUUUUGGUGGCCCUGAGCAUGCGAGAACUAAAGGGUGUCCCUGAUCUGACCGAGGCAAUAUUCGACCAGAUCCUUGCAAAAGAUACGAAGCUUGAUCGCAAAUCUCUGACGACUUACCUGAGUUCACAUGCUGAAGAAGUCCUGGUCGUGUUGGAUGGCGCUGAUGAGUAUUAUAACGAGGGUUCCCAGUUGCCAUCUAAAUGUUUCAUCACUGACAUCAUCAGAAACAAGAUUCUUCGUGGAUGUACCGUCCUUGUCACAACACGUCCCCACAUGGUGGACAAGUUGUGCGGGCUCAAUCAUUCUUUCAUUCAUAUUGAGACCAGGGGUUUCUCAGACUUAGGAGUCAAGGAAUACAUUCAGAAGUUUUUCAAAGGCGAAGAUCCAAAGGUGUCUGUCGGGCUGUUUGGGUAUUUGAAGGCAUCUGGGACCCUUCUUAGUUUGGCGAACACACCAAUAAUGCUGCUGCUCAUGUGUCUUGUAUGGUCAGACGAACAAAAGCUCCCCGAAACAUUGACAGAGUUGUUUAAGGAAGCACUUCUCUUCAUUCUGAAACGUCACUUUCAAAAAUCCGGUUUGCCAAAUCCUGAAGAUAAAGAGUUACUUGAGAAUCAGUUGACAAAUCUCUUGCAAACUUUAGGAAAAGAAGCACUUAAUGGUCUGAUGCUUCCUGGUCAGAAGUUGGUCUUUGAAGCUGGGGACUUUUGGAAUUCUUUGGAGGUCGACAAAGCUUGCAAAAUUGGAAUUCUGUCCAAAGAGAAAAUUCGAAGUAAAUCACGUGCGGUUGAACGCGUGACCUUCUUUCAUAAAACCUUCCAGGAGGCAAUUGCUGGGUUUUAUUGGGCGAGUCUAGUCGAAUCCGACGACGAGUUGUUUGAAUCUUACCUGAGUAAGGUGGACAAGAGUAAUGCCUUCGGUAUGAGGUACUUGAUGUGUUUUUGCUGUGGUUGGAAUGUCAAAGCGGCAGAAUCCCUUCUUCGCUACGUCGAAACAUUCGGCUUGAAAACUGAAGUUCGGGAUUUUCCAGAUAUUUACUACAAAGUUUUUCAACACCCAAAUGAACAUUUCAGAAAGCUUUGGAUGUUGAUGCAUUUCGAAGCACGCUCAAAAGAAUUACACAGUAUUGCCGGGAUCUUUAACCAAGUUUUCCUGGUUGAAAUGAACUGUGGAAAUGAUUUCACGUCUGCUCUUAAGUUUCUAGUUGAGUGCGCGACUUCUUCAGUUUCCAGACUGCGGGUUGUUUACUUAAUAGGGGUCAGUCUUUGCCGGGAUUCCUCCCCAAGCCUUGCCGAACAGCUCAAGAGCCUUAAAGAACUGAAUGAGUUGAAACUCAGCUUCAGGAAACGUUCGUGUUCAGAAGACAUAAUCACUCUUGCCACAGAUGUCCUGCCAUCGCUGUGUAAUCUACGUGUCCUUCAACUGGUCGUUCCAGAGAAUUCAUCACUUAUCCCAGAAGCCUUCCUGGCAGUUAUUCAGUGGAUAUUUCAGGGGACUAGGUACUACGUGCACUCGGUUCCCAUGGCCUGGGCUCAAGCCAAGGAAUUCUGCCAGAAGAUGGGAGGCAACCUGCUGAUGCCCAAGUCAUCUGAGGAGAACGCGUUCGCCAACUCGCUGCUGGAGGAACGCGGGGCGACUACAGCGUGGCUUAACUGUCACAGAUUCGGGCAGUGGCUGUGUGAAGUCGACGGGGUGACGAUGUGGCCUCCGUUCAACAACCCGGACCCAGAUCAGCCAACACUCGACGGCAACUGCCUCACUAUGAAGGCCGAGGAUGGCAAAUGGCGUCACACCUACUGCGACUUGAAAGCGACUACCGUGUGCGAGAGAGAAGCGACGGUACAGCAAGCCAGCCUCGCCAUGUACUGCAUGACCAUAGGGGCAGACGGCCGUCCAUACACCGACGGGCAGUGCGUUCACAAGCCGUAG